UAUAUUUCAGUAUAUGAAAAUUCAAGACGAUGUCGUCGUUGGGUUCAGGAAUCAAACGAGUCCAGAGUAUGAGAACGCCAUCCUUUGUCUGUAAAGUCGUGACGUCAGUGGUGCUGGUGGUGCUGUUACAGAAUCCGGACCGCUCAUCGGCAGCCCGCUGUAAUAAUACCGAGUAUGCCGAGGAAUGCGACACUUGGCUUUCAGGAAGCGGUGUUAUUGAAGUAGAACCAAUCUGUCGAAAUGGCACCGUCCAGUGGCAUAAUUGUCAACACAACAGCAUCACCCUCAGAAUGACGAAAUACGAGGCAUUCAGAAUGUGUUUCCGGUUUGACAAGAUUCCAUACAACAUCACAGACACGACGGACAACCGCAACGUUCCGAAAAUUCCUCCAAAGAAAGACGUCCCGACCUGUGUGUUGUCCCGACCAGCCGACAAGAGAAGGGAAACACUUGAGCUGAGAUUCGAACCAAGGUCGCAGGUGUCACAGUUCCUUAUCAAUAUACCUUUUACUGUGAAGUUGAUCUCCUUACCCAAAAUAUCGUACGGUUAAUAAUCUGUUGUGUCGAUAAAUAAUGUUCCAAGUAUGAUUAUUAAACUAAAUCAGAAGUA